CUACAAACCAUCCUGAGUAAAGCUUCUCUCAGUCCUACAUCUAUCUUUUCCAAGUGCUUUAGUUUCUAGGUGAGUUAACAUGAUGAAGCUAGAGAAAGGUCUCUCAGCGGCGCUGAACGCAAAAAUCAUCGGUUCCGGGACUGAACCGAUGAUCCUUGCACAUGGGUAUGGCGGAGACCAAUCUAUCUGGGACAAAAUUCUUCCCUUUUUGACUCAGCAUUACAAGAUUCUACUUUUCGACUGGCCCUUUUCAGGAUCUGUAAAAGAUUCAACCCUUUUCGAUCCUGUUAAGUACUCUUCAUAUGAAGCUUUUGCCAAUGAUUUGAUUACUAUUUUGGACGAAAAUUCUUUAAAAUCAGCAGUUUUUAUUGGCCACUCCAUGUCUGGUAUGAUUGGAUGCAUUGCUUCAACGAAAAGGCCUGAGCUUUUCAACAGGCUCAUACUCGUUGGAGCUUCUCCCGGGUACAUAAACACAGAUGAUUAUGAAGGAGGGUUCAAGAGAUCAGAGAUUGAGGAAAUCAUUUCCAACGUGGAAACCGACUAUUUAAACUGGGCUUCAAGUUUUGCUGCUCUUGUUGUGGAUCCAAAGGAUCCUCUCUCACUUGAAAAGUUUGAGAAAUGCUUGAAAUCUAUGAGGCCUGAGGUGGCUUUACCCUUGGCCAAAACAGUGUUUUACAGUGACGAAAGAGAAGUUCUUGAUAAAGUUACAACUCCAUGCACAAUCAUCCAACCAACCAAUGACAUUGUUGCGCCAAACUCAGUUGCUCAGUUCAUGCAAGAGAAGAUCAAGGGAAAAUCAACGGUGGAGAUGGUAGAGACUAAUGGGCAUUUCCCUCAGCUCACUGCUCACGAGCAGUUUGUUCAAGUCCUCGGUGGAGUAUUAGGGUUUCAAUCCUUGAUCGAUCUUAAGCAGAUGAUAUGAUAUAUUUGUAUACACAUAUAUAUCUAGUUUUAAUGUUCUAUAUUUGUUUUCUUUAGGAGAAGUAAGUCGUUUGCCUUUACUUUGUUGUGUUCAUAAGUUGAUAGGAAUUAUAGGGAGUGGGAUGCAGCAGAGUGUGUUCUGUGUAGUAAAUUUAGUUGGAAUUUCAAUAAUGUACUAGUUUGGUUGGACUUUGUUUAAAAUAUUGAGUUGAUACUAUUGAAAUUCAGUACA